GUUGACAGGUAGCAAAAGCAAAUAUUGUAGCGUCUAAUGGACACCUGGGGGAUCAAUGGUCAACCGUCGCGGCUAAAAAACGGAAUUAUAGCGUUAAGAGUUGACGGAGCGAUGGGGCGGAACGAGUAAGUGCACUCAACGUCACCGAAAGGACUUUACGGCUUUUGAAUAAAUAAUGGCUGAAAACGUGUUGGACAGCAUUCAUUUACAAUAUACUUAUAUUUACAUUCAUACAAUUAUCCGCCCAUUACCGAUUUUGAGCAACGAUUUAUUCUUCAAUGUUCUCGUUUCCAUUAUUUCCAUUUUUAUGUCUAUAAUAGAUAUUAUUGUAACGCCGAUUGUCAAGUCGCAUUCGCGUAUAACUUGUAGACCAGUUAAUACAUUCAUCCCGCGAUAAAGCUUUUGCAAACUCAAAAAUUAUCAUUUGUGAAUAAAAAAAAAAAUGGGAAGAACUUUACCAAUACCAGUUUUUUGUAGGGUAUGUGGUGAUAAGUCUUUUGGAAAGCACUAUGGCGUGUAUUGUUGUGACGGUUGCUCAUGUUUUUUUAAGAGAAGCGUAAGGCGAAAAAUAAUAUAUUCGUGUAUUGCUGGUUCUGGCACAUGUACUGUGGAUAAGGCUAGACGAAAUUGGUGUCCUUUCUGUAGACUUCAGAAGUGUCUUCGAGUUAAUAUGAACGUUGCAGCUGUUCAAGAAGAAAGGGGACCAAGAAAAAUCAAAACGCAAAAACAUCUCGAAAAUGAAAAUAUAAUUUCCAAGAACUGGAACACUCGAAAUGACCACAUUUUCGAAAUUGGUGCACAAAUAUUUUUGACUAGCCUUCGACAAUGUAGAAUGACUGAGCCAUUGAUAGUUCUGCCAAUGAAUGAACAGAAUAAAAUUCUCAAUAAAACUUGGCAUCAAAUAUUUGUAUUAAUGGCUGCAUUUUGGCCAUCAAAUUUAAUCAACAUAAUAAACUGUUCUGGUUUGAGCGAAGAAAACCUUUUAGCGACAUUAAUAACCAAUCAUCGUGCAAUGAAACUUGAUUCUGUCGAGUAUAAUUUAAUACUGACAUUAAUUUUAUGUCGACCAGAUCUAUGCAACCAAGAAUUCAAAAACGAACUCGCUACUCUGGAUAUCAAUGCAAAAUGCGCUUUAAUGAAGCACGUGUCAAUGAAAUCACUUACGAGAUACUACGGAAUAAUAACUUGUAUUCUUUCUGUUACUGAAAACGUAUCUAAAUGUAUAAAAAAUGUAUUUUUUGAUCCAUCAAUUAGAGAUGUCCCUAUCAACCAUCUCAUCUCUGUUAUUACUUAGAAUAUUAAAUAUUUAAAUGUAUUUUAAAUUUCAAUGACAUAGAUCUUGGUGUAUCAACUAAUAAAAAAAAAUUUUGAUCCAGUUAUCUUGAAGUUAUUAGCAUAUUAAAAUAUAGACUGAUGGUCUGAAAUCGGAAAGUUGUGGAAUCUUUCUAGUGAAUGGGACACACCACAUGGCAUGUCUAUAAAAGUUCAUUUUAAGAUACUCAUUUGCUUUUACUUCUUUACCAGUAUAAAGUAAUAAAACGGUUGCACAGUGAGGUUGCAGCACAGUAUGGACGUGGCAUAGUUGGGACAAGUAUAGAUGAUAUCUGACAGUGAUUAAAAUCACUAUCAUAAGAAACGCUUCGAUGCAAAUCUGUAGAUAGUGUUUCAUUUAGAGAAAUUGGUGGAUUAUUCCAAAAGCAACUCGUAUUUCCUUAAUUAUAUCAUGAUUAGUAGUUCUUUGAUUUUAAAAUAU